AAUUGUGUUGUUUUUUUUUUCAUGCAAAGUUAGGAAUUGUAACUUGCUGUUGUUAAAUCAUUCUUUUUCAUCACCUGUUCGUUUAUUUGUUGAUUGUUAUCUUGUCGUUUAUUGAGGGCGAAAAAAAUUUGAUGCUGUUGCAAUUACCUGAUGUAAGACUGUUUACGUGACACCAGGGCUGUCAUAUAGAAUCUAAAAUAUUUGUAGCGCCUAUACUGCAGUAAAAUAUUCUCUUCAUUUCGCGCCAUAACAAACAAACAGAUAAAAUGAAAAUUUCAUAAUAGGGUUUUAAAACCAACGAAAUUCCAUAAAGAGCUUCGUAUUAUAUAGAGCCGCAGCCUUUUAAAAGAAUUCCAAUCGAUCUUAAAAAAAUAAAAAGAAAUCAUUUUGCAACCAACUAUAUAACAACUCGUCCUCGCGUAAUCCACAAAAACCUCGCACCCUCGCCACGCCCUUAUGCAAAAACUACAAAAACAACGUACACACGCACACACGCGUGCACGUCCCACCACGGACACGCAGAAGCGCAGUAUAGAGCGUCAGCCGGCGAGACGCGGGAAUGCCGUUUAAAUAUAUACAGCUCAGGUUGGGCAGAGAGAGAAAGAGAGGCGCGAGCAUCAGUAUAACGAUGAAGCAGAGGUGUCGGCCGCAAGCGCGCGUGCAUGCAAGCCGAGGAAGAGCCGCCGUCCUCGAGUUUAGCAUCUCGCGCGCGCGCAUCUCCCAAUAUGGAGCAAUCUCGGAUUUCCAUUCGUCCAAAUCGAGAAUAUCCGCCCGCGCGCCAGCGCUCACGCCUCCCGCGGCUUAUGUAUACACUAAUUCUUUCAUAAUAACUCGCUACUUCAUUGCUGCUGCUGGCCGUGCGCGUAUAGCUGUAUCGGGCGAUGUUGACGGCCGGAGGGAUGGAAGAUUGUAUUUUGAGCGUUAAUUUGGAACUUCGGCGCGGGACGGGUUAUUUUCGUUCGGGACAUGGGAGAUUUUUAUUUGGCUCGAUUGAACUGGCUAUUAUACACUAAGACGUUAGACUUCACGACCGCAAAAGAGUCGAAAAAUUUUCCAAAACAAAAGCUCCGCACUAAUCAAGUCAUCGUCCCUGAUAUCCGAAAUCUCAACUCGCACGUACGCUCACCGAUGUGCUCUGUACAGCGCAUCAGGUUCUCAAGUUACACCUCCCCGCUCUGUACCACACAGCGUUCGCGCACAUCGAAGCGCGCGAGCGCUGCAAGCUUUCUUCCUUUUUAAGCUCAUAUUUCCAACUUCCAAUUUGGUCGUCCGAAAAUAAAUCGGCGCGCGCGCGCGCGCCACGUGAGUAUAGAGAUAGACGCGCGCGCGCGCGCGCACGUAUACACGGUUCAAAAUUCCACUUUCCCCACCCCCGCUCAACACGGCGCUUUUCGCGCGUCUAUUCGUGCGCGCGAGCGCGUUACACGCCUCCUCCUCCUCCGCUCGCGCGCGCGUUCAGUCGUCGUCGUGGAGCGCGACGGAUCGGGAUAGUUUUCGAUCGGAAUCGCUGCGGCCGUCUACUGUAGUGCGACGACGUGCAUCAGAGGGUUGCGCGGAACAUGUGCGGCCGGCCGAUAUGAGACAGCGAGGAGCCGAGUCUUCCUGAACGGGGGGAGAGGGACAGACAGCUGUGGGGCUACUUACGUAUAGACUGUGCGCGAUUUCAAGACGACCGCGAGUGCCACAGACUUCAUGUUGCCGGAAAGCAAAUUUCCCGUUACAGGGGGCAUUAUGCAAACUGAGGAAAUCGUGCCCAGCGCACAGUCAACCGGCUUAGAUGCGUCGUCGUCGGUGUCGGAUCCCACUGGAAGCCUCUUUCAGCCUCAGCCGCAGCAGACGUCGUCGCCGAUCCGAUUCAGCCAACACAUCCAGUACCCGAUUCCCAGCCUCGUCAACAUGGCAGUGAAGCAGGAGCCCCAGGAGGAGGACGAGCAGGGCAGGCAACCGAACGCGCUGAGCCCGCAAACGGAGAUCGGGGAUGCGCAGUCGACCCCGGAGGACAGCCUGGCGAACCACAAGCGCGCCGAUCAAGCCAGCCCCGAGUUCAACAGCCAGAGCCCGCAGACGCCUCAGCAGAACGGCUGCAAGAAACCGGCGAAUCGCGGCCGCAGGAAGUCCCGCUGGAAGCUCAAGUUCCACCACCAGGCCCUUCCCCCGGAGUAUCUGGAUCACUACGAGGCGGCCCUGGCCCAGGAGGCCGCGCUGAACUCCACGAGCGCAGCUCCGGUCGAGCCCCGCAUCUCGAGCCCGGCACCGACGGCUCCGAUGCCGGCCUUCGCCCCCGGGCCCGGUCCCGCGACCGACGUUCAGAGCUGGCUGCAGCGACUCGCCGCCAUGCAGAACGAGAUCUACGCCAAGCCGCUGCAAGUAGCGAACUUCUGCCAGACGACGGCCGCCAGUAGGAGAUCCGUCAUCACCUCGACGCAGUCGACGCAGCCGCCGCUUCCCUCCCACCCGGUCUUCGCUCAUCACCCACAUCACCAUCAACCUUCGCAGCAGCAGCAUCAGCUGCUGCAGCAGACUCUGCCAAACCACAGGAGCAACGUCCAGACCCAGCCCAGCCCCAGACCGCCGAUGAAGUACUCGGACCUGCCCUACAUGGGCGAGAUCACGCUGGACAACAGCAAGCCCAGGAGAGGCAGGAAGCCCAAGAAGGCCGACAUCUGCCACCUGAUCUACAAGAACUACGGGACCAUCCUGCCUGGAACCCCCGGGCUCGACGACAGGUCGAAGCUGCCGACGACGAGAGACAAGCUCGACCUGGCCAAGGACGCGGCCCAGCUGUCAACGCCGUACCAGCGGACGGACAUCCAGAACAGGAUCAGUAGUCUUCUGGAGAAGCGGCUGACGCAGGAGAGACGGGCCCUCGAGAUCUCGGUGAACAACGCCUGCAGGGAGCAGGAGGAGCCGCUCAACCUCUGCAUCAGGGACCUGAAUCUUCUGAAGAUCCGGCUCGGCGAGAAGCACGGCAGCGCCUACGGCUCCUACUACUCCAAGAGCGAGGGAUCCAGCGACGCCGAGGACGUCGAGUACCUGGGCGCCCCGACGCAGGGCCACUCGGCCGAGGCCGGAAUUCAGGCGGAAGUCAACGGCGAGCUCGGCGCUAGCGAGCAGCAGCUCAAGUCCAUCAACCCCAACCACAUGCACUACGGCGGCGAGGCGAACGAGGUGAACGGCAGCGGCGCCGACCUCCUCAACAACAACCACGAGCUGGCUGCCAAACCGAACCCCGGCUUCCUGUACUGGCCCAACGCCGGCGUCUUCAUUCACCCGGUGGCCCUGCAGUCCCAGUUCCUGUACUACCAGAAGCUCGCUCAGGAGAAGGGUCUCGCGCCGCCGCAGCCACCGCCGCCAGAGCAGACGCCCAAGGAGCAGCGCAUCGUGCCCAAGUCCAUCUACUCGAUGCUGGAGAGCCCGAAAACGCCCGUGCCCGUCCCGUCCACGGUGUCCCCCAGCCAGACCCCGCUGUCGCCGGAGACCAGCAUUCCCCAGACUCCGUCGCCCAGACCGAAGCGCAACUCCACGAGCCAGGGCGGCCAGACGUCGAGCCUGCAGCAGCCGAUGAAGCGCAAGCGCUCGGCCAUCUUCAUCCCGCCGAUGCCCACGGAGAACAACAACAACCCGGCGACGGAGGUCAGCAUCUGCAAGUUCAAGUUCACCGGCGGCGCCAAGCCCACGCUCCAGGAGAAGAAGAGCCUGUCGGUCGACUCGGGCGGCAACUUCCGCUACUACAGCGGCACCGGCGACAAGAGCAUGCGCGGCUACGAGUUCUUCCCCCGAGAAGCCCUCCAGCAGCCGGCCAACCAGGCCGGGGGCUCCUCGGCCGCCGGAGCUUUCCUCACCGCGGCCGCCGAGAGGACUCCCCAGACGAGCUGUCCCAGAGUUUGCGGUAUCCAGGACGAUAGCCGGAGGAAGCGCAAGACCAGGAAGAGCAUCCAGCGGGAGAAACUCGAGCAGACCUUCAAGGAGAAGGGCUUCCUCAUCCAGACGCAGCAGCUCGAGUCUGCCGAGGGCGCGACCUACUGCAAGUUCCGGCAGCUGCGCAAGUUCACCAGGUACCUCUUCAGGAGCUGGAAGGACUACCUGCCCGGCAACGUGCGCGAGUUGACGGACUCGGGCGAGCCGGUCGCCGGCCUCAAGGACGCCGAGCAAGACGCAAGCGAUCAGGCCCUGAUGCCCGUCUCGCCUUUGCCCGUUUUGCCGAGCGGCGUAGAACUGCAGCCUGGAAUGAUGGACAACUCGCCGCCGAGCUUGCCGCUCAACUGAUCCGGCGGCAAAUUCAAAUGUGGGCCGGACGAACGUUUCUUGUGUAUAACUCGCAUUUAUAGCCCCCAAAUGUUUGCCCGCGUGUUCGUGAUUACACUGCGCUCGUCUUCUUUUUAUUUAUUUGUAUUCGUUAUACAAUACACUCUGCCGCCGCAGCCGCUUAUCGUUCGCGUACUUAAUCGCCGUUAUCAUUGCCGUGUACAUAAUGAAUUAACAAGAGCAAACGCGCGAGAUUGUUGUAGUUUGUUAAUAAUUACGUAGUUGUACAAAGAGAUACCCUUCGACAUGCGGGGACGUUCGGGAGGAAAGUGUAAAUUAUACAUGCAUACGCGCGUGUAUCCGAGUGAUCGCGCUGCAGAACACGUGGACAGUGUCGAGAGAGAUAUAAUACGUGUAACGUCGACACACACGAGUGCAUUUCACGAGAAUAGACUUGAAAAUGCCGAGGAUACGUCUUAUCCGUCUCUUCGUUGCGUAAUAGUACGCGCAUAUAUACAUAUAUACCUAUUUAACGUGUAGCUUUGUGCCAAAGACAAGAGACUGCAGAUUUUAAAGUUAUGAUAUUAUAUACGUAUAGGCACACGAUGCGGUGAAACGCUCGUGACUUAUAUUCUGUAAAUAAAAUGUGUAUAACGCAGCUGCCAUGUGUAAAAUACGAAUAUAAUAUUAUUGUAUAGCGCAGCACGUUGACACAUCAGAGUCGACUUUUUUUGUAAAUAUUAUAUACGGUGCGAUGCGUAUAAGCGAGAGAUCUUUGUUAUGCUUCUUUAUUUUUCGGGCAAUAUCAUAACAGCCGCAACAUUGUGUAACAUAUGCAUUUGCGAACGAGUAUGCGUGUGUAUACCUAUACCCAUAUAUUUUUAACGCAAUCGAGUGGCGAUUUAAAGGUGAUAUAACGUAUACGUGUGCGUGUACGAAAGACGCAUACGUUCUGUCGCGUUGUGUGUAUAGCUCGUAAAAUAAACGCGGGACUGUGCACGAUAACUUAACCGAUGCUAAUUUUCAAUUUCGUCUAACGAGAGAUCUAGUCUUUUAUUUGUACUUUGUUAAAUUUUCAUCGAAUAUUGUAUAUCUUCACAGUGUAUAUAAUCAUACACGUCACUCACACACAGAGUGCAUUCGAAGUUUGUAUGUUUUUACGUACGAGAAAUACACAUAAACCGUGUAAUAACUCAUCAUCGCGCGCAAUUUUUUUUCAAAACAAAACGAGCCUAUCGCGGCUCGACAUUAAGACUAUACUCGACACACUGGUUUGCAAUAAAUUUUACUAAUAUUUGAAA